AUGCCCGAUGACUGGUCAAAGAGCACAUUCCGAUAUGGAAGAAUAAAGGCGUUAUCGCACUGUUCAACAUAUUGGCCAAUCCGACUGAUAAGCCAAGCUUUGAAGAUCUUCGACAGAGCACUUGAAUCACGACUUCAAGCGACCAUAGAGUUGCCAUCCAAUCAGCGCGGAUUUGUAAAGAGUGCCUGUACUGCUCACGCCAUUACUGUACGGAUAGUGAUGGAGAAGUAUAGAGAACAACGAAGAGAGAUACAUGCGAUUUUCCUAGAUAUGGAGAAAGCUUUCGACAAGGUACCCCCAUAA